AUGCUGCAGAUAGGUUCAGCCCGCGGCGUCUUCGCAACCCGAUAUGGCAUUCCUCAGCGGCUGUUGGGCUGCAUCCUGUUGCAGGAGCGUUGUAGCUCCACUGGUUGGCACGUCAGCUCUCAUGGCCGUGUCAAGACCAGAGGAGGCAUUGUCAGCUAUGGGACCUUGACUGGCGCAGGCUAUCGCGCCGUAUCUAUUGGGAAGAAGCUGUGCCUUGUUCAUCGCCUAGUGGCUGCUGCAUUUCUGGAUCCUCCAUCAGAUCCCAGCUGCUGGCAGGUGAAUCACACGGAUAACGACCGUGCAAACAACCAUGUCACGAAUCUGCAGUACGUAUCCAACGCAGAAAAUCAGAAGCACUCCCACUGCACCAAUCCCAGUCGGCGGAAAGGUGGUGCCAAGGGCAGAGCAGUGUUGUGGCGGCCAUGUGGGGAAGAGGCUUGGACACGGUGCGAUUCCCAAGCCGAAGCUGCCAGGUUGUUGGGUGUGUGGCGAGCUGCAGUUUCUCAUUGUUGCCGCGGUGUCAUGAGGAGAUCCUUGGCAAAUGGGGUGUGGUACGAGUUCAAGUCAGCCCCUACCCUGGACCUGCCACGCGAUGAGAUCUGGCAGCCUGCUCGAUAUCCAGGAGUGUCUCGCCCGAUCACAAAUCUCAUGGUGAGCAGCCUCGGCAGGGUUUCGCAAACCAGACGUCAUUUUGAUGACGCUAGCUGGGGCACGCGCAUGGCCGACGGCUACCACCUGGUAGUGAGGGAAGCUAGGGGUUUUCUCGUGCAUCGCCUAGUCGCAGCCACCUUUCUCGGCGAGCCAAAUUCGCUGGACUGCCAGGUCAACCACAAGGAUCGUAAUCGAGGGAACAAUCAUAUGGAGAACCUGGAGUAUGUUACGCCUUCUGAGAGCAUCCGGCAUGCCCUCUUGCAGCGAACGCCCAAAUCAAGAAACCGAAAACCAGUGCAGGGUCGCUUUUUGGGAGACCAGAAGCUCUGGCUCGAGUUUGAGUCAUUGAAGGCGGCAGCUGCGUACACGGGACUGAACCCAAGAACAAUUUCCCGCAUCUGCAGGGAGUUGGACAGCGGCAGCAGCGUGCCCUGGCAGUUCAGAUUUUCAUCGAAGGAGCAAUUGCCAGGAGAGGAGUGGCGCCCAGUGGUGCUGGAGGGAGCAAAGCGGCCUGGUUGCGGCUUCACAUUGGUUGCGUAA